GUGGUUUACUUUGACCUCAAGUUAGAAAACAAAAUGCAAAGGCAGUUUACUUAGAGAUAUAUAGUCAGUAGUAUAGAGUAGUACCAGACACUGGACCUGAAAGUGAGUUUGAGUAUGAAUUCCUGUUUUGCACCUUCCAACUGUAGAAAUAAAUAAUCUCGUCUAAAGAACCUAAGAGAUUUCUGAAGGUGCAAUGUCCGCCAGUAAUGGUACUACAUGUACUACAUCACAUGAUGCCGUCAAAGAACCACAAGACCAAGAAUCACGUAAUCAAGAGCAGCUGAAAGUUGAGAGUAACUUUUUAAGCACAUCCGACCAUCCUGAAGCUGCACCCCAUGACAAGCACCCUUUUCCCCCACCUGAACAAUAUGUAAAUUCAGAGUGUGAUGGUGAUAGUACAGCUAAAGAGGGGGCAUCAGGUGACAGUGUGGAGUCGAGUGUGAGGGUAGAGGAUGUGACUCUCAAGGAGAGAAGUCCUACCAGUCUAGAUCGUCCAAGACCACAUCCACUCUCAGUUGAUACUAGUGACUCUGAGGCCUCAGUACCACGCUACUCACCAGGGCUCUAUACUUCAGGUGACGAGGGUGGUGGUGAUACGUACCCUCUGCCAUCCAGUCCCAGCGUGUCCCCCUCACCUAGCCUCCUAGAGGACCAUGCCCCCAUGAGCAUCUUGUUUGCAGGGAUCACCUACCUCGGCUGCUCCUCUGUGGACGCCCCAGUCAGUGAAGUGGAGGCCAAUAGGAAAAUGUACACUCUCAAAUCACAAGCAGCCAAUUCCAAGCCCAUGCCAGUAAUUGUGUCUAUUCCCGUAUCAAAUGAUGGGAAUGUGAUUUUAAAAGACACAGAAUCAGAGCAUCCGCUCUCAAUAUUUGCUGUGAAGAUGAUCCUGUUUUGUGCGCGUGGUAAUGCAGAGCAACUUUUGGACUGUUUCUGUCUUAAUGUGAAGCACAAGAGAAGUGGGAUCUAUAGCUGCCAUGCUUUCAGGUGUGAAAUACCUGAAGCGUGUCAGAAGAUCUUUGAAGCUAUUGGGAAAGCUUUCAAAACAAAACCUAUUGACAGGAACCUCCCCCCAUUAACGGAUGAAAAGCUGGUGUUUGAAUUCAAUGUUAAGGUGGAUAUUAGUGAGGACGAUGGGAAAGGAGGCUUCUCUCCAGCACUUUACGAGAAGGAUUGCUUCAAGCUGAGGUUGAAUCUCAACAAGACAAUCACUCUAACUGUUACACAGGGGAGCAAUCGUCCAAUCAUCGUGGAAAGAUGUUUUGGUCUACUAAUAUCCCCCGUGCAAGUGGUGAAAGGCUCUGAGAUGAACCUCCUGGACAACAUGAGCUGCACCUAUCCUAACAGUCACACUUUUUCAGUGUCUGGUCUUUGGGACACUUCCUCUUACCACCUCACUGCACUUAACCAGGACACUAAAGUUUUAGGGUACAAGUUCGUGACGAUAGCAGCUGAUCUGGUACUGGAGAGUGUUACUGAGCCAAUCAGGUUCAAAAGGGAGGUGAAAGUUAGCAUCAAGCCAGCAGGAGGUAUCAGCAACCUGUCUAGAGGUCUCAUCAUCAAGCUCAACAAGAAAGCACAAGAAAUAGGCUCGUCAGAAAGCUUUGAACUCACUCUGGAAAAGUGUGAAGAGGAUGGCUCCAAUGGCACAGCUGUGUAUUCUGUAGCUGAACUUGCACCUCUAGGGGAGGCUGCUCAGACCUCUGAAACCAGUCAACAAGCAUCCACUGUUAACCAGACUGACAGUGGUACUGACUCCACCACCACUGCUGUCAAGAAAAAAAGUGGGUAUGCCAAAACAAACAAAGACGAGCAGCCAGAAGAGGAGACUCGGCCUGACGAUGAUGUGAUAGUGUCUGGGUGGGGUGAUGUUGAUGACACCCGAGAGGACCUUCUGCAGGACUGGGGCCAGAUGCUGGAGGAAUGGGAUGGGAGGGACAGGGACAAGCCAAAGCCCAGCAAGCUCAUCAAACUGUGCAGCAAGGGCAUUCCCCGUCACCUACGUUGUCAGGUGUGGCAGAUGCUUACUGGAGCUUCCUACGACCCUCAGCUCAAAGAAGCGUAUAGACUACUCAUCAUGAAGGAAUCGCCGGCUGAGAAUGUGAUUCACUGGGACAUCAAGCGAACAUAUGUUGGUCAUGACUAUUUCCAGGAGGCCAGUGGGAGGGAGGCCCUCUACAAGAUAUGUAAGGCCUACUCAGUGUACGAUGAGGAGGUGGGCUACUGUCAAGGGUUCUCAUUCAUGGCUGCCACUCUGCUUCUACAGAAAAUGCCUGAAGAGGAGGCUUUUAGUGUGAUGGUCAAGAUUCUUUACCAGUACGGACACAGAGAACUGUUCAAGGUCAACUUCCAAUACCUUCACCUGAUGUUCUUCCAACUCGAUCGUCUGCUAGAGGAGCAAAUGUCUCGAAUGUAUGAGCAUUUCAAAGAGAACCGUAUUGAGACGCACAUGUUUGCCUCUCAAUGGUUCCUCACCCUCUACACCGCCAAGUUUCCUCUCUCCCUUGUGUUCAGGAUCCUAGAUAUCUACCUUUGUGAGGGUAUUCAAGUGGUGUUCAGAGUUGCUCUUGGACUUUUAAAGAUUGCAAGUCAUGACUUGCUUGGUUUAGACUUUGAGGGAAUUCUGAACUACUUUAGAGUAUCGCUUCCUAAGAAGUUCCAGGCUGAGGAAGAUGCUGCUCACCUCUUCCACCAGAUGAAACAGUUCAAAAUUUCUGAGAAGAAGCUAGCUAAGUAUGAAAAAGAACAUCAGUUGUAUCUGGAGCAACAAGCACAGCUGGAGGAUCCAGUGAUGAGACUAGAGAGAGAGAAUAAAGAGCUAAGAGAUUCAGUGAUGAGAUUAGAAGGAGAGAAUGAUAAUCUGGCGCAAGAGUUAGUAGCAAGUAAAGUUACUUUGCGACAAGAAAUGGACCGGCUUGAGGAGAGAAUAGACACUCUGAGUAAAGAAUGUAGAGCCCACAAGACCUCUGCUGAUCUGUCACAACUAAUGCUUAAAGAAGUUAGGGAAGAACUACAGCAAGCAAAGGAAGAGUACCAGAAAGUAUUGGUCCAGCUAAUGGAAGAAAAAAUGCAGCAUGAUACUGCAAUUUCUGAAUACAAACAGCUAUUUCAACAACUUGAUGAAGGGCACCAGAAAGAGAAGGGAGAGUUGAGUCAAGAACUGCUUGAAGUCAAGGCUCAACUUGGGAAGGCAAGUGUUUAUGAGUCCCAAGAAACUGGUGAUCAUCAUUCAUCACUUUCCUCUGAGGAAAGGCUGAGAAAAUUGGAACUCGAACUAGCACAAACUAAACUAGCACUAGUGGAGUCCCAGUGUAAGAACCAAGAGCUGGAACGUGCUGUACAACAACUGUCCACUAGCCAAAAGGGUACAUUUAGUUAUAGUUUUAGAAAAAAGAAAUGAUUAGACUAUCUUGCAAUUUUAAUUAGUAGCACAUGUAUUUAUACCUUGAUUUGUGUCAGCAAUUCUAUUCUUGCCACGCCCCUAUAGCUCUUGAUUAUUAAUUUUUAACCAUA